AUGCGUGACAGGUCGGCGAGGAAGCUGUGGCUGCACCAGCAGAGCUACGCUGACAAGUUGCGUAGGCGUUUUAUCGACGAGGAGCAGGGCGGUCGGACCCCGAAGACGCCGGUCUCCGUCGACGCCUACGCCAAGCUCGCCUUCGACGACGAGGAGGCACAGGAGCGCCAGGAGGAGGAGUACCGGCAGAAGGUCGGCUCGCUGCAGUUCGCGGUGACGACGACGAGGCCGGACAUCGCCUUCGCCUGCAGCAAGCUGGGGAGCGGCCUCACGGUGAGAAGCGACCAGCACUGGCGCGAGGUCGACUGCUGCCUUGCCUACCUCGCCAACACGCGCGACACCGCCCUGGAGUUUGGCGGUGGUCCGGAGUCGCUGGAGCUGGUCGGCUACGUGGACGCCGACGACGCCGGCGACAAGCAGAACCGGACGAGCACGGGCGGCUACGUGUUCGUCUACGGAGGGGCUGCGGUCUCCUGGUCGAGCCAGCGCAUCAAGUGCGCGACGCUGUCGUCGACCGAGUCUGAGUACGUGGCAGCAACCGAAGCCGGGAAGGAUUACGCCGACUUCGCUUCCUCCUGGCAGAGUUUCGGCAGCUGGACGCUGGGAAGCCGACCGUUGUCCUUUGGGUGGACAACAAGUCGGCCAUCACAGUCGCCGAGGGCAUGGGGUUGA